GGGGUUUGUGAAAGUAAACUAGGAGUGUUAUCGCUAGAAUCAGAAAUGCGAGUGCUCGCCAUACACUUUGCUUUCCUCUUCCUGUUUCACCUCGAAAUGUGUGCAAUGUCGGAACAAUUUGCCGACUUGGAGGACUGGUUUGAAAAAAAUGUAAAAGGGCGACAUGAUACGGCGACGACAGACAUACUGAUAAUGCUUUGCCUUCUGAAAGUGAAAACAGAAAUCCAGGCUAAAAAACAAAUUGGAAAUAACAACAUAAGCAAUACGAGUGAGGGAAGUCUUAACCUAUUCAAAACGAAUGUCGGAAACAUUGACAUAAACAACACGAACAUCUUAGAAAACUACAUUCAACUGCCGCCUGUCCAAGUACCUAAUAUCACGGUUGUCAUUGUGGAAGAUGAGCUGACGCAUGUAGCCCGAACGGCUGGCCCGAAUUCUGAUAUAACUUUAGGGAAACUUAUUCGAAUUUUCAGGGAAUGCAUGAACAAAAAAUUAAGUGUCUUGGAGAAGUCGGCGCAAUAAAAGCAUUUUAAAGUACAAAA